AUUAGAGCGGAGCAGAUGUGCGAUAGCCAAGUCAAGGGGAGGCGGGAACUGGGUGUUCCGUGGGACACGGAGGGGCGGGGCGCUUUCUGCCACUGGCUAACCGUCCUCGUGCGGCCGGCUCCUCGAGAGCCCCUCGCGCUCUGCCUCCCCGCGGCCUGUGGGGCAUCUCACCCCGCCAGUCCGCAGGGCGGCCACAGUGUGGACAGUAUGAUGGAUACGAAUCUUCAAAAGGAUGAUCUCACAGGAACAAUUAAGUUCAUACCUCCCCUGUACAAACAACGUUACCAAUUCAUUAAAGAUUUAGUGAAUAAAUACAAACCUAAAAAGGUUGCAGACUUGGGAUGUGCUGACUGUACGUUACUCUGGAUGCUGAAAUUCUGCAAAUGCAUUGAGGUGCUAGCUGGGCUAGAUAUCAGGGAGAAUGUGAUGAAGGAGAAAAUGCAUAGGUUGUCUCCCCUUCCUGCUGAUUAUCUGCAACCAAGUGAAAGAUCUCUAACUGUGACCCUGCAUCAUGGCUCAGUCGCUCAUAAAGAUCCUUGCAUGCUUGGCUUUGACUUGGUAACGUGCAUUGAAUUAAUAGAGCACCUGGAAGCAGCAGAACUGGAAAAGUUUCCGGAAGUGGUAUUUGGUUUUAUGGCUCCAGCCAUGGUUGUAAUCAGCACUCCAAACUCAGAAUUUAACCCUUUACUCCCAGGAGUGACACUGUUCAGACAUUCAGACCAUAAAUUUGAAUGGGAUCGAGCACAAUUUCAAAGUUGGGCAGUAGCUGCAGCUACUCGCUAUGAUUAUACAGUGGAAUUUACUGGACUUGGGACCCCACCACCUGGAACUGAGGAUGUUGGGUUUUGUACGCAAAUAGGUGUGUUUGUGAGAAAAUAUCCAAAGAAUGGUGAAACUCUUAACUCUGAGAAACACACGGAACAUGCUUACAAAACUGUGAAUGUGAAGACAGAAACGGAAAUUCAGAAAGCCUAUCUUAUUGAUCACUGUAUAAUGUAGCUGGAAGAGAAAUAAAAGCAACAGGUAGAAGAUAUGUUGCAGGAUGAGGGGAGGAGGGGGUGUGGGGGAAGCAUAAAUUUGGACUAAUACAGAAGUAAAAAUAUUCCUGUAGAAUCAGCCACUAAUAGAGAGAUGGGGACAUAGCCAUUGUACCAGUUCUUAUGCUUUCUUUCUCCUUCCCCUUUUUGGUCAUCGUAUUGUAGCAGCACUGAUCCCAUGAACAUAACUUGAUGAAUAUGUCUUCCUCUGUACCUGCGUAAUGCCCAUUAACGUGAGAGUCUCACAACUUUAGGUAGUGUUUAUUAUAAAACCACUUUCAAUGGAUGUCAUUGCAAUCCGGAGCACCGUUUCAGGCUUGGAGAAAGUCAAAUGCUUCUUCUAGGUUAAUGGGAAAAGUGGUACAGUUGUUAGUGGUUGCAGGGGAAGUUCAGUGAGAAUAAUCUGAUGGGAAAGUAGCAGACAUUAAAAUGUAAGAGUACUGUAUUACUAAAUAAAAAGUGUUCCUACCACUUUCUGUUAAAUAUCACUGACUUCUGUUUAAAAAUCUUUAAUAAAAUAAACCUCCUAGACCUGCUUUAAGGAAAAAUUACCCUCAAAGUAAUAGGUCCCUAAAAAUACAUGCUAUUCCUAAUACUCUCAAUAGAAAUAGAAGGCUGUGCAAUACCUGUGAUAGUGGAGCUUGUGAUUUAGGCUAAGGAGAUGAUUCUACUAGAAAGAGCUGGCCUAGCUGCCUGCAUUAGACAAGGAUAUAUCACACAUAUAAAUGUGUAGUAAACAAACUACUAACUAUUUAUUACUGUCUAAGAACUAAACCUUAUGUAUGCACAAGAAUAGCCUAUUCACACAUGUUGCAAAAUUUUCCCCUCCAUUUUCUCCUUUGUCCAAGAUAAGUAAUAUUUUUGAUGUGACUAGGUCAAGGCACAUGGUUUUCUUUUGUUAAUAUCUGAUCAAUGCUAAAAUGUUUCUCAUGGGUAAUGCACAAUUAACUAGUGAACAGGCCUCACUCCUUGGAUGCUCCCACUGAUGCUACUGGCAGAAUUGAGGGUGAGGGGGGGCAGAAAUGCUGCAGGAUCAGGCCUAACAUUUGUGAGAUAUUUACAAAAAUGUAAAGCAGUUCUGUGCAAAGGCUAACUAGUGUUGUAGAGGAUGACUGAGAAUGGCCUUUGCUCCAUCUUCAGAAUCGGGGGGCAGGGGGAUCCUGUCUCUUCUGGCCCUCCUUCAACUCUCAAAUCAUUCAUGGUGAAAGACCAGACAAAAAAGAGGGGCAGUAAUUUAGAGGAGAGGGCUAGGUUCAGAAUCUAUAAGUAGGAUGAGUUUCUCUUAAAGAGACAAAUACUUUGAAGCAUUCUACCUCCCUUCAAAUGCUUUUAUAACUUCUUGAUACUUCUACUUUGUUUUGUGUGGAAUUUUUUCAUCCCUGUUAACAUUUAGUAAGCAUAGCUGUUUAACUUGUAAUCAAAACUAUUUAGAAUUACUUCCUCAGUGGUGGUUUUUGUUUUUUUUUCUUUUGUGGCUGUACAGUUAUCUUGUAAAAUGCCUUAAAUGUUACACAUGUGAAUUUCAAUGCUUGUAAAUAAACUGUU